UUAUCUGCUGUUAUGGGAUCUGGAUGGUUGCUCCGUUCUCUCAUCUGUUUAAAAGGAUCAAAACAGAACAACAAAUCAAAUCGAGGCAACGUACACUCUGAAAUAUCAAACCGUGUCAAACCGAUCGAACCAAGCUCAGCUUCCACUACGCUUACCGUAGAAAUCGCUGUUAUGCGCAUUCAAAAGGCUUUUCGAGCAUACAAGGCGAGAAAAAGACUAUGCAGCUUAAAGAGCGCAAAGAGAUUUAACUCACUGAUCCAAGGCCAUAAAGUGAUGAACCAAACUUCGAUUGCACUCAAUGUGAUGCAUUCUUGGUGCGAUAUACAGAGCCAGAUCAGAGAACGGCGUUUGUAUAUGGUGACACAAGGUAGACUCCAGCACAAAAGAUUGGAGAAUCGGUUGAAGCUGGAGAUCAAGCUUCAGGAGCUAGAAGUUGAAUGGUGUGGAGGGUCUGAAACCAUGGAGGAGAUUCUUGCGAGGAUACAACAGAGAGAAGAAGCUACAGUGAAGCGUGAACGAGCAAUGGCUUAUGCUUUCUCUCAUCAGUGGAGAGCUAAUGCUACACAGUAUCUAGGUCAAGCUUCGUUUAACCUUGACAAAGAAAACUGGGGAUGGAGUUGGAAAGAACGGUGGAUAGCAGCUCGGCCUUGGGAGAUUAGGGCUCAAUGCCAAGUUACUAAACCGAUCAAACCAACUAUAAAACCGGAGAAAUUGUCAUCCAAUGUGAUCACAAAGAAGACCUCUGCUAAACCGGGUUUGCCAAACACCAAGGAAGCUGCAAAAUCCAAAAAGCUCGGUUCCGGAUGA